AUGGCGCUCUACGGAAGCUCGCGCAACGUGGACAUGGGCAAGCAGGAGUCGGAGCUUGCCAUCAACAUUCGCAAAGCCACGAGCAUCGAAGAGGUCUCCCCCAAGCGGAAACACGUGCGAGCAUGCAUUGUCUACACAUGGGAUCACAAGAGUUCCGCGUCUUUUUGGCAGGGCAUGAAAGUGCAGCCAAUUCUCGCCGACGAGGUGCAGACCUUCAAAGCGCUCAUUACCGUCCACAAGGUCCUCCAGGAAGGCCACCCUAUCGUUCUUAAGGAGGCGCAAUCGAACACCAGCUGGCUUGAGAGCCUGUCACGGGGCUCCACGGUCGGAGAAGGCAUGCGGGGAUAUGCGCCGCUCAUUUCAGAGUACAUCUACUAUCUUAUGGCCAAGCUUGCUUUCCACCGACAGCAUCCCGAGUUCAAUGGAACCUUCGAGUACGAGGAGUACAUCAGCUUGAAGUCGAUCAAUGACCCUAAUGAGGGAUACGAGACCAUAUCGGAUCUUAUGACGCUACAAGAUCAGAUCGAUGCUUUCCAGAAGCUCAUCUUCUCCCAUUUCCGGAGCGGCGCGAACAACGAAUGUAGGAUAGCGGCGUUAGUGCCACUGGUUCAGGAGUCCUAUGGUAUCUACAAGUUCAUCACCAGCAUGUUGCGCGCAAUGCACACCACACUCGGUGACGACGAAGCGCUCUCUCCUCUACGCGGCAGAUACGAUGCCCAGCACUACCGUCUCGUCAAAUUCUACUACGAAUGCUCGAAUCUUCGGUACUUGACCAACCUCAUUACAGUGCCAAAGCUGCCACAGGAACCACCGAACCUGCUCUCGGAAGACGAGAGUGCGCCCGCACUACCUCAACGACCCCGCAACGAGAAGCCCGAACCCGCUCGCGCUCCAUCAGUCGACCCAGAGCCAAUCAACGAGUUUUGGAAAGACAAUCAGCGGAGGCAACAAGAGGAAUACGAGGCUGAACAGCAGAGACUACAGAGGCAAUGGGAGGAGGCUCAGCAACAGCAGCAGCAGCAAGCGAUGCAGGCACAACGUGACUUCGAGGAGCAACAACGGCUUCAGGCAGAGCAAGCUCGGUUGGCGCAAGAACAACUCAUGCGCGAACAGUAUCAACAGCAGACACAGGGUCGCCUUGCUGAGCUUGAGCGAGAGAAUCUAAACGCGCGCGCUCAGUACGAACGCGACCAGCUGAUGCUGCAACAAUACGACCAGCGGAUGAAGGCAUUGGAGGGCGAGAUCAACCAGAUGAACCAGAACUUCCAGCAACAGAUGGGCUCGCGAGAUGAUCAGAUAAGAGCACUUCAGGAGCAGCUCAACACAUGGAGAUCAAAGUACGAAUCGCUAGCCAAGCUCUAUUCGCAAUUGCGUCAUGAGCAUCUCCAGCUGCUGCAGAAGUUCAAGGCAGUUCAGCUCAAGGCAAACUCCGCCCAGGAAGCCAUUGAUGGGCGAGACAAGCUGCAACGCGAGCUGAAGACCAAGAACUUGGAACUGGCAGACAUGAUCCGCGAGCGCGACCGAGCGCUCAUGGAGAAGGACCGUCACACUGGUGGCCACCGUGAGGAGACUGAGAAGUUGAAGAGGGAGCUCCGUGCUGCCCUAGACAGAGCCGACAAUCUCGAGCGUGGCAAGGGCUCAGAACUUUCGGCAAUGCUGUCAAGACACAACCGAGAAAUCGCGGACCUUGAGGAAGCGCUGCGGAACAAGACCCGCGCGCUAGACGAGUUCCAGAUGAAGUACCGUGAAGGUGACUCUGACCUAGAGCGUCAACUGCGCGACAAGGAGGAGGAGCUGGAGAUCUUCCGUGCUGGUAUGGACCAGACGCUACUCGAGCUGAACGAGCUGAAGCUCAACGCUGGUACCAACGAUGAUGUUCUGGAUGGUCACUUGGACACAAUUAUCCAAGACAGCCUCCAGAAGAUCAACGACCUCAUCGACUCCGUCCUCCAGAGUGGUGUACAGCGUGUUGACGAUGCGCUAUAUGAGCUCGACUCUCCUAUGCAGGCUGGAAACCAGAAUGCCACUGGCGCGUACGUGCUUUCGCAGAUCGAGAAGGCAUCAACAUGCACCAUGGAGUUCUCAACAGCUUUCAACAACUUCAUUGCUGACGGGCCGAACGCCAAGCACGCUGAGGUUAUCAACGCCGUCAGCAACUUCGGUGGCGCUAUCGUCGAUGUGUUGGUGAACACCAAGGGACUGACGCGAUUCGCUUCUGAUGAGAACAAGGCUGACCAGCUCAUCAACGGCGCGAGAGCCUCUGCAACCUCGACCAUCAGGUUCUUCCGUAACGUCCAGUCAGUGCGCAUGUACGACAUGGACGCGGAGCAGAAGAUCAACGUUGUCAUCAACAACAGCACAGAAGUCGUGCGCAACCUGCAGAGCUUGUCCAAGCUCGCGGACGCCUUCGCACCCAAGAGCAAGAUCACCAACGCCUCUGGCGAUCUUGGCGACUUGGUCGACAACGAGUUGACCAAGGCAGCCAACGCCAUCGACGCGGCCACCGAGCGUCUGUCCAAGCUGAUGAAGAAGCCCAGAGACCAGUAUUCCACCUACGAGCUUAAGAUCCACGACUCCAUCCUCGAAGCCGCCAUCGCCGUCACAAACGCUAUUGCGCAGCUUAUUAAGGCCGCCACCGAAUCCCAAAAGGAAAUCGUGCGCGAAGGCCGGGGCAGCAUGUCCAAGACCCAGUUCUACAAGAAGCACAACCGCUGGACCGAAGGUCUCAUCAGUGCCGCCAAGGCCGUCGCCACAUCGACAAACAUGCUCAUCGAGACCGCCGACGGCGUCAUCUCCGGUCGCAACUCGCCCGAGCAGCUCAUUGUCGCUUCCAACGACGUUGCUGCCUCCACUGCUCAGUUAGUGGCUGCCAGUCGUGUCAAGGCUAGCUUCAUGAGCAAGACGCAAGACAGGCUGGAGAGCGCAUCUAAGACUGUCACUGCGGCUUGCAGGUCGCUUGUCAGGCAAGUGCAGGAGAUCAUCGCCCAGAAGAACAGGGACGAGGGCGAGGUUGUCGACUACAGCAAGUUGGGCGACCAUGAGUUCAAGGUCCGCCAGAUGGAGCAGCAGGUCGAGAUUCUGCAGCUGGAGAACUCACUUGCGCAGGCUAGGACCAGGUUGGGUGAGAUGCGCAAGCUUUCUUACCUUGAAGAGUAG